AUGGCGAACAAUGAUUUGGAGAUCCUGAUCGAGCAUUUUGAGUUUUCUCCCAUUUCGGUGAUUGACGAUGUGAUAGAUUCGGUGAAUGAACUCAUGUACCAGGCGCUCAUUGGUCUGGAAAGAUUUGUGGAGAAAAAGUCAAAAUCUGACGAAGAAAUAGAUCAGGGUAUGCAUCAGGUAGAAACAUUACUAGAAGCUUUGAUUGAUCAUAAUUUUGACAUGUUUGAACUUUACGUGAUGAGGAACAUCUUUGCCAUACCCGAAAACCUUAAAAUAAUUCUACCACACCAAGAGGGAAUGGAUUUUACCUUGGAUCAAAGUAGGGAAGAGAAAGUUGAUGCCGAAUUGGAACUGAUGCGAAAAAAAGUUUUGGCGUUAUUGGCGAUCAAAAAGAUUACCGGCAAUAUUCACAGCCAGAUCAACGAAGAGAAAAUAAGUCAAUACGCAAGCACAAGCGACAAACGUGAAACAUUUGUUAGUACCAUGGUACUGAGACAAACUGAGCAAGUUAAAAUGCAACAACGAGAAAACCGUCGCGACAUAGAUGAAGAAGAACGAUUGAGGAAGAGAGCAAGGAUUGAUGAUGACGACGAAACAUCGAAAGCCAUCGCUCAAGAGUUAAAGGAUUUGGAGAUGAUCAGUAAUUUGUUCACGAGUUUGAAUCAGGAAUAUAAUAAACAAGAAUGA